AUGGAUGGAUCCAUAAAAGAACUAGAAGUAGCAAGUAGCAGUUGUAAUGGUGAAGAAGGUGGUCGCGGCUGUCGCAACAAGAGAAAAUUAUCAGAACCGAUCUGCUGCCCCGUCUGUAGCGUAACUCUGCGUAUUUCCGAAGUCCAAUCCCACUUUAUGGUAGAAGUAGACAAGCUAGGUAAAAUCCCCACAAACAAGCACAAAUCGAACGGGCGCAGCGUCCCCAGCUCAUCCAACACCAGUGAAAGCAAUGCCGACAAGACGUGGGAAACCUUCCAGAAGGUCCGACUCAACCGCCAGAACCGGCACCGGUCCAAAACAAAAAAACGCAAGACUGAGGAGGUCCUGUGCCCGAUUUGCAACAAAGAAACCUCGGAGGAAAUAACCCUGCAUGUGGAAAAGUGUUUGCGCCGUACUGAACGAAACGAGAGUGAAAGUGACGAGAGUAUCGAUGUGGAGGCGUUCGAGGAGUACGAGUGGGCUGGACAGUCGCGGGUCCGCAUAACGUCCCUGCUCCCCGGGGGUGUGAUUAACAAUUUAGGGACUUCGAUAAGUAUGACUGAAGAGGACGAAGACUUAAACGUCGACGGCGACGACGCCCAGACGUUCGGCUCGCCGCAAUAUUCCGAACGCGAUGUUAUUCUCCUACCCGGCGAUCCCGAAAAUGUCGCGCUGCGGAAAGCCGUCACCGGGGAGGACCCCAAGAGGAUGCAACCUGAAGAGAACAGCGACUCGGUCAACACGCAGCCUAAAGGCGACCCGCUGGUCGAGGUCCUGAAAAACAGGAUCCGGGAGCUGGAAAGCAAGGAAAAGAACAAGGAGGAGGUUUACAAAUGUCUCAUUUGUAUGGAGAGAUACCGGACGCCGGUCAUCUCCGUGUGUUGUUGGCACGUGCAUUGUGAACAGUGCUGGUUACAGACGCUCGGAGCGAAAAAACUCUGCCCCCAGUGCAACAUGAUCACGUCACCCACAGAUCUGAGGAAAAUCUACAUGUAA